AUGUCUAAUAAACUUGCCCUAGCAACUGCAUACAAACGACAGCACCCCGAAGAGAGCUUUCAAACGGUAUCAAAUGCAUACAAUGUCGCCUCUUCUACCCUGUACGACCAUGUCACUGCUUCGCGCUCUCUCAAUACUUCCCACGCCAACAAAGCGCUCUCGGAUCCCAUGGAAAUGGCUCUAGUCAACAAAGUCAACGACUACGCUGACCGGGGGACCCUGCUCAGCCCUGCACAUGUCAAGAGUUUAGCAGAAAUGGUCUUAGAACGAAAAUUAGGUGUCAUGAUGGCUACGCCGGCAUAA